UCUUAAAAUACUUGGGCGUGUGUGGCAUCUAAUGUUACUGUCAUUGAUUAAGUCAUUUAGUUGAUUGUUGGAAUGCUAUAGUUGUUGAACUAUGACGGUAAAUCUUUAUACAAUCAGCUCUUAGGAACCAUGACCAGUAGAUUAGUUAUACAGUUAUAUAGCAUUGUUUAGUUUCAAUCAAUUGAAUUGAAACCAAGUACUCUCUCUCUCUCUCUCUCUCUCAUCUUUACAAAUUUCAUAUACUCCCCAAUGGAACCACAAAGAGAGAAACCAUGUCCUUCCAAGUCCUCAAGCACCACCUCUACACCAGAGGCUCCUCCAUGUCCAGACACUUCAAUGGAGAACACACAAGAAGAAAGAAAAGUAGUAGUAGUAGUAGUAGAAGAAGAAGAAGAAGAAGAUGGACAACUAGAGAAGAUGAUUGAUCUCAAGCUCUCUUGUAAGGACUCCAAUGAUAUGUUCAAACCAGAACUCAAUCUUAUUGAUUGUUUGAACAUGGAUUCAACUCGAACUUCAUCAGCAAAUCCCCAAAAACCGGAGGCCGAGCCAAGGGUUUUCUCAUGCACCUAUUGCAGAAGAAAGUUCUUUAGUUCACAAGCACUUGGAGGACACCAAAAUGCACACAAAAGAGAGAGGACUUUAGCUAAAAGAGGACUUAAAAUAUGGUCACCUGUACCACCUCAUGGGCACUCUUAUUGGCACCAUGAUCAGCAUGACCAUUAUUCUAGCUUGGCUUCUCUUCCCCUUCAUGGUGCUUAUAAUUAUAAUUCUAGGGCUCUUGGAAUACAGGCUCAUUCGAUGAUCCAUAAGGCUUCUAACAUGCCAAGUUCUUCAGGAUUUAGGAGUUUGUAUGGACAUGGUGGAUGGUCAAGGCUUCCUAUUGAUCAACAACCAGCUGUUGGGAAGCUAGCCACACAGAAUCACCAUGCAAAUCCAUCAUCAUCAACUGGACUUUCUUCAUCUCGAGGUGGCGUUGGAAGAUUCGACGCGGUGAGGAUGAUGAUGACCGGUUCUCCCGCCAAUGAGGUAAUUGGUGGUUAUUGGUGGGCAGGUGGUGGCAACAGCCGGUUGAAGACCAAUCAAGAUGAGAUGCAAAAGCUUGACUUGUCCCUCAAGCUCUAAGUACCCCUUUUUUUUUUUUUAAAACAAUCUCAUUUUAAAGCUUUGAUCUUUCCCUUGGUUGAGUUGAGGAUUAGCUAUAGUUUUUUUCUUUGAAAGUAAUUUUGUUGUUUAUUUAUCAUAGGGAAGUCUAGAAAUUUGGUUUCUUUGUUCUAGACUUGGAACUGUUUAGUUCAUACAUGUAUAUAUGUUCAAUUUUUUGGUAUUAUUUUGUACUCAUAUUAGAUGAUUGCUUAAGAUGGUUUAGUCCUCCGUGCCUCUAAAUGUAUAAAGGUGAUACUAAAUGUUGUAGCUGUACUUCUGUCUCUGAAUUUAAAGGUAGAGUCGAAAACAUUGUAAGGAAUAUUGGCUCCGGAUCCUCAAUCCCCAAAAUCAAUCCAUGUCCCCUGAUUCUAAUGCACUUUCGUCUGCAUGUUUACAUUUCGAGAUUUUCAUCACAUCGUGCGAUUGAGAAUGCAUUGGAGACAUAAAUUUUGAUACCCCUAGAUGUUGCAAAUGUAGAAAAAAUUUCUCCCAAUAGCUUUCUUGCUUAUUUGUCAGUCCUUAUCAACAACAUAGUUGGUAAAGCUUUUUAUGAAUUUUUCAUAUCACAACACAGAUUCAAUUCUUCUGUCUUACCAAACUAAACACCUAACAAAAGGGAGUACUAAUACUUCAAGACUACAAACAUAUGUGUUAACCUAAUAGGAAAUAGACCUAAUAUAUAUUAAGCUAUCCAAUACCAUUCUUCACGUGUAACCCUGUUUUGCACAUGGAGAUGCAAAUGUCCAUAUAUUAUAGAGAGAAGAAAUAACGCAAACGAGAGAGAAAUAAUGCAAAUGGGAACUAAAUACAAAUAGAGAGACUUGAACCCAAGAUCUCUUCCAACUUGAGUUAUGAUACCACGUUAAUCAAUUAGAGAGAAAAACUAAAAUUGUAUCAUUAUUACAUAAUCAGAUGUAUAAUACAAGAGAGUCUAACCCCAACAAUAAUAAGAUAAAAUGACUAAACAAACCUCAAAAGAAAAUAUACAAAAUACAUA